GAGUGUGCAUUUCCUCUCUUCUCAUCAAGGAUUUGAAGCCUGAUUCCAUUAAAAGAGGACAGCACUGUACAAGAGGAUUUAUGCCAGGAGCUGUUGAAAAUGUCCUCUGAACAUCUGGUAUGGGACUCUAGAUGAAAAACCAAGAAACAAAACAUAAAUUUUCUCAAAUGUGGCAGAGAUGAUCACCGGCCACAUGAACGGCUAUGUCCAGGAAGCCAAACCGGGCGUGAGGGAGCGGGCGGUGGACUGUCCCGGGGAGGAGGAGGGAGCUGACCACCAGUCUGCCCCAAACCUGGUCAAAUCUCCCCAAUGUCCUGCCCACACAGAGAGGGUCAAGCACUAUCAGGAGGAGCUGAGGAGGAGGCGCGAGGAGGAGGCAGCCAGCAGGGGGGGCAAGCAUGAGAUUGACCCCAAUGCAUCGCUCAGGCUCAAGAAGCUCUCCCAGAACCAGAAAGUGGGCAUCGAUAACCCCACUUUUGAGAAUAAGGAGAAGAUCAGCCGAGAGAGUGUACCGGACUAUGUGACUGAUGUGUCUGAGUUCAUUGAGUCCCUGAGAUGGGCCGAGCGCUGCUUGUCAGACCCUCAGAGCCUGCAGGACACAGAGCAGCUCCUCCAGUUCCUGUCUUCAGAGGAGUUCCACAGCGCCUACAGCAUCUACAGCGUGGUGUCCCAGCAACUGAGCCAUGUCAGCCCCACCUCACCCAUCACCACACAGGCACAGGACCUCUGUCUGGAGGUGCAGCGAAUUCUCCAGUCAAGCCAACAGAAGGAGGGGCUUGAACUGAGGACGCUGCUCACCAACCCCCACCUACAGGCGCUGAUGCAGGCCCAUGACCACGUGGCUGAGCAGGAGCUGCCGGAGGGCCAGGUGCUCACUCAGUAUCUUGGAGAGUCCGUCAAACUGGUCAGACUGGAGAAGACCCGGGACACGCCACUGGGUGCAACAGUGCGUAACGAUGUGGACAGCGUUGUGGUCAGUCGUGUGGUCAAAGGGGGCGUGGCCGAGCGCAGCGGUCUCCUCAGUGAAGGAGACGAGAUACUGGAGAUCAACGGUAUCCCCAUCCGGGGCAAACAUGUGAACGAAGUGCACGACAUGCUGCAACAAAUGCAGGGGACACUCACCUUCCUCCUGAUCCCGAGCUCUCAGAUUAAAGCGGCCCCUCACAGACACACCGUGAUGCAUGUCAAGGCUUACUUUGACUACGACCCCUCGGAUGACCCCUUUGUGCCGUGUCGGGAGCUGGGCCUGUCCUUCCAGAAGGGCGACAUCCUGCAUGUGAUCAGCCAGGAUGACCCCAACUGGUGGCAGGCGUAUCGGGAUGGGGACGAGGACAACCAGCCGCUCGCAGGACUGGUGCCAGGAAAGAGCUUCCAGCAGCAGAGGGAGACGCUGAGAAGAACCAUCACAGACCGAGCCAGAGACCAGCAACAAGGAAAACACUGGUAUGGGAAGAAGAGCAAGAAGCAAAAGAAGAAGAGCCUGACCAGCACAAACAAAAAUGACGGCGAUGAGAUCCUGACCUAUGAGGAGAUGUCCCUGUACCACCAGCCGGCCAAUCGGAAGCGCCCCAUCGCCCUGAUCGGCCCCACUAACAGCGGGCACGACGAGCUCCGGCGAAGGCUGCUCUCUAUCGAACCAGAGAAAUACGCCGUAGCUGUUCCACACACGACCCGUAAUCCAAGAAUCCAUGAGCGUAACGGGCGUGAGUACCAUUUUGUGAACCGCACUGCGUUCGAGGCAGACCUGGCCAUGGGGAAGUUCGUCGAGUCCGGAGAAUACGAGAAGAACCUGUACGGCACCAGCACUGACUCUGUGAGGCAUGUGGUCAACUCAGGGAAGAUCUGCCUGCUCUGUCUGCACUCCAGGUCAUUAAAAGUGCUGAGGACUUCCAACCUCAAACCCUAUGUCAUUUAUAUCGCUCCUCCAUCUCAGGAACGACUACGCACCCUGCUGGCCGCAGAGGGGAAAACACCAAAGCCGGAGGAGCUGAAGGAGGUGCUGGACAAGGCCCGUGAGAUGGAGCAGAGUUUUGGGCACCUGUUUGACGCGUCCCUGGUGAACAUGGACCAGGAGCAGUCCUUCCACGAGCUCCGACGCCUCAUCGACAGGCUGGACACAGAGCCACAGUGGGUCCCUACCUCCUGGCUCUGCUAGACUCACCCUGCAGAAUACUUGAAUUAUAGCAUUACUAAAGCCCAAAAUAUUUUAAAGAAUGGAUGAAUUACAAAUGUGGGUUACCACUUUAUAACAACUACACCUUGAUUAUCCUUAAAGUGGACCUAUUACGCAAAAUCGACUUUAAAGAGUGUUUAAC